UAGAUUAACACCCUAAUUCAAACCUCACCUCUCUACAUCCGCCCGGUUUCAAUAUGAGGCGCAAUCUGAGACCCAGAACCACAAUCCCUGAUUCAGACGACGAUUCACAAUUCAGCGAAACGUCAUUGAGGAAUUCAUCACCCCUCCGUCGAUCAAGUCGAUCGGGACCUCUGCGAGCUGGUGGGUCAUCCCAUUCUCGAUCUCGCCCUCGCGUCAUCCCAGAUUCCGAGGCAGAUGAGGAUGGCUAUGUCGGUCUAUCGGACUCGGCGGCACCAGACAAUUUUGCUUCGGGCAGCAUUGCAGUGGUCGUGCCUGUGAAAAAUGAAUCCGCCAGUGACUCCAAUUCUCGGAGUUCGCUUGGGAAUCUGUCCACGGGCUAUAGUACCCCGGCUACUAGCGUUGGUGCUGCGGUUACUGAACCCGACACCAAGAUUGCGAUAAAGACUUCGGCGCGUAUCAAUGCCGCUGAUCGCGUAAAGAAACUACAGUCGAGCGCAUUAUCCCUAGGAGCUUCCCAAAGAGGAAGAAAACGAUCCGCAGCGGCACUGGCGGAGGAUGAUGAUGCCUCUGAUGUUCCACUAGCUCAUGCCUUCAAAAAAAGGACGGUAAAACGGCCUACAGGUGCUCUAUCUGUCCAAACCGAUCUUGAGGCUUCUGAUACCGCUCUGGCCCAUACCCUUCAAAUGGAGGAAUACGAGUACCCACGCCCGACAACAGAACAACGUUUGCUCGUAGACAAAUUCAUUGAUGAACACUCGGAAUACGACUCGGACCCCGAUUCUAGACCGGUGUUCUUCUCUCCAUUGAGCCCUGAGCCACCAGGGUUGCUUCAUUCCGGCGUCGCUGAUUCGGAUACCUCGGAGGAUCCCCUAGAGGGCAGAUCUCUCAGUCCUCUUUGGGAAGGCCUCAAUGACGAAAUUCACGACCCUGAAGCAGAUCUGCCCCCAACCUGGGAAGAGCAGCGGAAAGCUCGCCGUGUAGAAAGAGACCGAAAGAAUCUUGUGACCAAGCAUCCCACAAUUGGUACCAUGUGGGAUACGCUCAAAGCACAGCCGAUUAUCCAGCCAAAGGAAGCCAAGCAACCUGUCUCCAUAACUCGCAAACUCAAGCCAUUCCAACUGGAGGGCUUGAACUGGAUGAUAGCCCAGGAAAAGACUCAAUAUAAGGGUGGUUUGUUGGGUGAUGAGAUGGGCAUGGGAAAGACCAUUCAAGCAGUUUCACUCAUCAUGUCCGAUUUCCCCCGGCCUGACCCGACUCUCGUCCUCGUGCCACCGGUCGCUUUGAUGCAGUGGGUAUCCGAAAUCAAGGAAUACACGGAUGGCAAACUGAAAGUCUUGGUCUAUCACAAUUCCGAUGCGAAAGUCAAAAAGUUGACACAGACUGAAAUUCGCAAAUACGAUGUCAUCAUGAUUUCCUAUGCAAGUCUCGAAUCCAUUUACCGCAAGCAGGAGAAAGGCUUCUCUCGCGGUGAAACGAUGGUCAAAGCAGAUAGUGUCAUCCACGCAGUCCACUAUCACCGCCUCAUUCUUGACGAGGCGCAUAGUAUCAAAUCGCGUACCACGGGUGUUGCCAAGGCAUGUUUUGCCUUGGAGGCUAAUUACAAGUGGUGCUUAUCGGGCACACCCGUACAGAACCGGAUUGGAGAAUUCUUCUCCCUUCUACGCUUUCUACAAGUCAAGCCAUUCGCAUGCUACUUUUGUAAGCAGUGCGAUUGCGAACAACUCCAGUGGACCUCGACCAAAGAGGGACGUUGUACUGAGUGCUCUCACACUGGGUUUAUGCAUAUCUCAAUCUUCAACAAGGAGAUUCUCAACCCAAUCAUCGAGGGGAAAACUCAACAACAACGUAAAGACGGUCUCGACAAGCUCCGUCUUAUCACCGAUCAUAUCAUGCUCCGCCGGAUGAAGCAACAGCAUACAACGUCAAUGGAGCUCCCACCCAAACGUAUCACAUUGCACAAUGAAUUUUUCGGCGAGAUCGAACAAGAUUUCUCACGCAGCAUCAUGACGAACUCAACACGAAAAUUCGAUACCUAUGUCAGCGAGGGUGUCAUGUUGAACAACUAUGCUAACAUCUUCGGAUUGAUCAUGCAGAUGCGCCAAGUUGCAAACCAUCCUGAUCUCAUUUUGAAGAAAAAAGCGCAAGCAGGGUUCAACAUUGCUGUGUGCUGCGUCUGUGACGAGCCUGCAGAAGAUGCCAUUCGGUCUCAGUGCCGUCAUGAAUUCUGUCGUCAAUGCGCCAAGGACUAUAUUCAGUCUUUCCAGGACGAUAGCAAGCAUGUUGACUGCCCCCGGUGCCAUAUCGCUCUUUCCAUUGAUUUGGAACAACCCACCCUUGCAGAAUAUGAAGAGUCUGUCAAGAAGAAUUCUAUCAUCAACCGCAUUUCGAUGGAGAGUUGGACCUCGUCCACGAAAAUCGAGAUGCUCCUCUACGAACUCUUCAAGGAGCGAAGCAAAAGCCAUACCCCUAAAUCCAUCAUCUUCUCCCAGUUCACAUCCAUGCUACAACUGGUUGAGUGGCGGCUACGCCAUGCCGGGUUCAACACCGUUAUGCUGGACGGAUCGAUGACCCCAGCACAGCGGCAAAAGUCCAUUGAACAUUUCAUGACUAAGCCCGAGGUUGAAGUCUUCUUAGUCUCUCUCAAGGCCGGUGGCGUGGCACUCAACCUGACGGAAGCCUCCCGAGUUUUCAUUAUCGACCCAUGGUGGAAUCCCGCGGCGGAAUGGCAAAGCGCCGACCGCAGUCACCGAAUCGGCCAGCAACGGCCUUGUGUGGUUACUCGGCUCUGUAUCGAGGACUCGGUCGAGUCACGAAUCAUUCAACUUCAAGAGAAGAAAGCCAACCUCAUCCGGGGUACCCUGAAUAAAGAUCAAGCGGCAGCCUUGGAAAAACUGACCCCCGAGGACAUGCAGUUCCUCUUCCGAGGAACCUAGAGAACCAAUGUUCUUCCAUACGCCACAUUCGUCAGUCCUCACGCAAGGAGUUGUGUGUUUGAUUUUUUUUAACUCCCAUGAUCCUCACGACCUCACGACCAUUAUUUCUCUAUGUGUAC